AUGUCCAGCCUUGCUCUGCUUCUACUGUACUGCCUGUUCAGCCGUGCUCUUUCAAUCCCGGUCUUUGUGCCUUCCCAGGUUUCAUUACACAGCGACAAGAUUGACAAGACCGACGAUGAGAGUCUCUUCCGCUCCAACAGACAUGCAUCCGUAUCCUCGCUUCAAGGAUCUUUCCGAAUCGUCGGUCAGUCAGGUGUCCCGGCCAUGGCUGCGGUGCUGAUGCCCAAUGGCAAUGUGGUCUUCCUCGACAAAGUCGAAAAUUACACUCAAUUGACCCUAGACAAUGGCCGGUACGCCUAUUCGGCCGAUUUCAACUUGACUACAAAUACGCCGCGCGGUUUACCAUAUACUACAAACGCCUUUUGUACCGGUGGUGCAUUUCUUGCCGACGGUUGUGUUAUAUCAGUUGGUGGUAACGGACCUCUAUCAGAUAUCGAUCCGACAGUUGGCGACGGUUUUCGUGCAAUACGUUAUCUCGGGCAAAAUUACCAGCACAAAGGUUGGGAAGAGCCAGGUCAUUCACUCUCUAGCCCACGUUGGUACGCUAGCGUUCAGAUGCUGCAGGACAAGACCAUUCUCGUGAUGUCCGGUAGUCUCAACGCCUGGGACCCGAACAGGGUGGAAAACAACAACCCCACAUUUGAGAUACUAGACGAAAAUGGCCGUGGAAUCAGCGAUAGUAUCGUUCUCCCUAUCCUCGAGAGGAAUUGCCCGUACUAUAUGUAUCCUUUCUUACAUCUGCUGAAAGACGGGAACGUCUUCAUCUUCGUGGCUCGCUCGGCGGAAAUAUUCGAUGUCGAGAACAAAAUGACCAUUCAAGAUCUGCCCGAUCUCCCGGGGAAAUACCGAACGUAUCCAAAUACAGGUGGGAGCGUUCUCCUUCCUUUGACCAAUGACAAAUCAUGGGAACCUGAAAUUAUGGUUUGCGGUGGAGGGGAAUAUGUCGACAUCGACAGCCGUGCCGAUUCCACUUGUGGACGGAUCCAGCCACUGUCCGACGAUCCUGAAUGGGAAGUUGAGUAUAUGCCAGAGGCUAGAGUUAUGAUAGAGGGCUUGCUUCUUCCAGAUGGGACCGUUCUUUGGUUGAACGGUGCUGGAUGGGGAGCUCAAGGUUUUGGAAUUGCCAAAGAUCCAUGCCAUGAUGCUCUAUUAUAUGAAUCCGACCAGCCGCCAGGAUUCAGAUGGAGCAUUGUUGGUAUCUCCAAAAUACCUCGUUUGUAUCAUUCCGUGGCGAUAUUGCUUUUGGAUGGCACCGUCAUGGUUACUGGCUCCAACCCCGCAGAGCAGCCCAUUCUCAACCCUGACCGUAGCAGCCCGUCCACAGCGUACGAAACCGAUUUUCGAGUGGAAAUCUUCACACCCCCUUACCUCUCUGGAGAUAAGGCCUCGAGACGGCCGCUAGACAUUUGGAUCUCGCAUGAGGAUCUCACGGCAGACGGUAGCAAUUUUUUCGUCUCUUUCACCAGCAGGGAUGAUGCGGAAUCUUUGCAGAUUGCUCUGUACCAUGGCGGAUUUGUGACUCACUCACUCCACAUGGGCCAACGGAUGCUUUUCCUUGACUUUGAGAACUUUCUUCCGGGGUCAAAAUAUCAGAUGGUGAAAGUGACAAUGCCGCCGUCUAGCAGCAUUGCUCCAGCUGGGCCGUACGUUCUCUACGUGGUGCUUGAUGGGGUUCCUGGUGUGGGCCAGUUUGUCAUGGUAAAGUAA